AUGGUUUCAAACAAUGCUGUUCCGAUGAAGUUAGAAAGUUCUGACAGAAGAUAUGUAGUUGUCAGAACGUCAGAAGCUCAUAUGCAAGAUACAGAAUAUUUUGACGACUUAGCAGAAACUUUGACAUCUGACUUUUACAACCACUUGUUCUCAUAUUUUAUGACAUUAGAUAUUUCAAAGUUCAAUCCAAGACAAAUUCCACAUACCGAAGAGAGACAAACAUUGUUAGAAGCAAACAAGAGUGUAUAUGAACUGUUCAUAGAUGAGACUAACUUUGAGUGUUUAGAUGAAAGGUCUUUAUAUGAUGAAUAUAAACAAUAUUGUCAAGAGUAUGGUUAUAUGCCAGCUUCUAAACGUACAUUCUUGGCAAACGUCAAAAAUCUUUUAGACGUACAGAAUGGUGUAUAUACAAAGAAAAUUUUUUCUGAGUAA